AUGGCUGAGGCUGCUAAGCGCCCAAAGGUUGAGGCCUCGUCGGCUCAGCGCAAGCAGGCGGGUCAUGGUCUCGUUGAGGAGGAUGGCAUCAAGUAUUUCACUGGCCUGAACCAAGAGGUCUCGUCGGAAGCACGGGCUGGUGCCCUGCCUCAAGGCCAGAACGCACCACAACAGUGCCCCCUUGGCCUCUACGCUGAACAGCUCUCUGGAACUGCUUUUACUCAGCCCCGCAAAGAAAACUUUCGCAGCUGGCUGUAUCGCAUCCGCCCUGCCGCAGGCCACGAGCCAUACAAGGCAGUCGACAUUGGAAACCUGGCCCCAUCCUUUGCUGACGCCGUCUCCGACCCUAACCAGCUCCGUUGGAAUCCCUUUCCUAUUCCGGAUGCACCAACCAACUUUGUCCAGGGCCUGUCCACGGUGGCUGGAGCUGGUGACGCCAGCAUGCGCAGUGGAACAGCCUUUCACAUUUACGCUUGCAACACCUCAAUGGACCAUGCUGCCUUGUACAACUCGGAUGGCGACUUCCUCAUUGUUCCGCAGCAGGGCACCCUAGACAUCAAGACUGAGUUUGGCAAGAUGAAGGUGGCUCCCAAUGAGAUUUGCGUGAUCCAGCGCGGCAUCCGCUUUCAAGUCAACGUCACAGGACCCUCCCGGGGUUACAUCUGUGAAGUUUUCAGUGGUCAUUUCGAGUUGCCCAGUCUGGGCCCCAUCGGUGCCAACGGCUUGGCCAACCCUCGUGAUUUCAUGACCCCAACCGCGUGGUUUGAGGACGUGGAUGAGCCCUACACCGUUUACUCCAAGUACCACCAGCGCUUCUUUGCUGCCACCCAGGACCAUUCACCCUUUGAUGUGGUGGCGUGGCAUGGCAACUAUGCGCCUUUCAAAUACAACCUGGCUGACUUCAACGUCAUCAACUCUGUCAGCUUUGAUCACAUCGACCCAAGCAUCUUCACCGUCCUCACGUGCCCAACGCCCGUGCCGGGACUGGCAUUGGUGGACUUUGUCAUCUUCCCGCCCCGUUGGUCCGUGCAAGAGCACACCUUCCGUCCACCCUACUAUCACCGCAACUGCAUGUCCGAGUUUAUGGGGCUGAUCCAUGGGCAUUACGAGGCCAAGGCGGAAGGCUUCCAACCUGGCGGCGCCACCCUUCACUCCAUGAUGACGCCCCACGGACCGGACCGCCAAUGUUUUGAGGGCGCAAGCAAAGCAAAGCUUGUGCCCGAACGUGUCGCAGAGGGCACACAAGCUUUUAUGUUUGAAACCAGUCUUAGCGUCAAGACCACCGCGUGGGCCAUGACUGGGAGUGGUGCCCGUCAAGACAAAUACCACAAGGUCUGGGAAGGCCUACCGAAGCUUUUUAAAGCAUAGUUCUUUUGAUCUUGUUUUGAUAUCCUUGAUCACAAGUCGCAAAUCGACUGAUGAUUUCG